CGGAUUUGGGCUGCUCGUCUCCGCCGGCGAUGAAGGCUCUGCCUUGAAGAUGGAGAGGGUCUGUCUGGUGUUCCUGGCCCUGGUCCCCGCCUGCAUCAGGGGCCAGGGGGUUUACGCUCCAGCUCAGGCCCAGAUCAUCCAUGCUGGGCAGGCAUGUGUUGUAAAGGAAGAUAACAUCAGCGAGAGAGUGUAUACCAUCCGGGAAGGGGACACUCUGGUUCUGCAGUGUCUGGUCACAGGACACCCACGGCCACAGGUGAGGUGGACCAAAACCGCUGGCAGUGCCUCGGACAAAUUCCAGGAGACGUCGGUGUUUAACGAGACCCUUCGGAUUGAGAAGAUCCAAAGGCUCCAGGGGGGCCGCUAUUACUGUAAAGCAGAAAAUGGGGUUGGGGUCCCUGCCAUCAAGUCCAUUCGAGUAGAUGUGCAGUAUCUAGAUGAGCCUGUUCUCACCAUCCACCAAACCAUCAGCGACGUGCGUGGCAGCUUCUACCAGGAGAAGACGGUUUUCCUCCGAUGCACAGUCAACUCCAACCCACCAGCUCGCUUCAUCUGGAAGCGGGGAGCUGAGACACUCUCCCACAGCCAGGACAAUGGGGUGGACAUCUAUGAGCCUCUCUACACACAGGGUGAAACCAAAGUCCUGAAGCUGAAGAAUCUGAGGCCUCAGGAUUAUGCCAGUUAUACCUGUCAGGUGUCUGUACGAAAUGUCUGUGGCAUCCCGGACAAGUCGAUCACCUUCCAGCUCACUAACACGACAGCCCCACCAGCUCUGAAGCUAUCAGUCAAUGAGACCCUGGUGGUGAACCCUGGAGAUAACAUAACUAUACAGUGCUCCCUCACUGGUGGUGACCCACUGCCUGAGGUGGUCUGGUCUCACUCACCCAGUCCUAUGCCUCAAAACAGCCUUGUUCAAGGAGGCAAUCUCACCAUCUGGAGGAUCCACGUGGAAGAUUCAGGUUAUUAUAAUUGCACAGCCAUCAACAACGUGGGAAACCCAGCCAAGAAGACAGUGAACCUGCUGGUGCGAUCCAUGAAGAAUGUCACGUUCCAGAUCACACCUGAUGUGAUCAAAGAGAGUGAGAGCAUCCAGCUAGGGCAGGACCUGAAGCUUUCCUGCCAUGUGGAUGCAGUCCCCCAGGAGAAGGUUUUCUACUUCUGGUACAAGAAUGGAAAGCCAGCCAGGAUGUCAGACCGACUGCUCAUCACCAGGAAUGAUCCUGAGCUCCCACCAGUGACUAGCAGCAUGGAGAUCAUAGACUUGCGCUUUAGUGACUAUGGUACAUAUUUGUGUGUGGCGUCCUUCCAGGGUGCACCCAUUCCUGACCUCAGCGUUGAAGUGAACAUCUCUUCAGAAACAGUGCCUCCAACCAUCAGUGUCCCUAAAGGCCAGUCCACCAUCACCGUGCGGGAGGGCUCCCGGGCAGAGCUGCAGUGCGAGGUUCGAGGGAAGCCCAAGCCACCUAUCAUCUGGUCCCGGGUAGAUAAGGAAGCUCCCAUGCCCUCAGGCACCAUGACGGAGGAGACAUAUGAUGGGAAACUGCGUCUGGAGAGCGUGAACCGGGAAAUGAGCGGGACCUAUAAGUGUCAGACAGCCAGGUACAAUGGCUUUAACAUCAGACCCCGGGAAGCCAUGGUACAGCUCAACAUACAGUUCCCCCCAGUGGUGGAACCAACUUUCCAGGACAUUCGCCAGGGCUUAGGCCGCAGCGUCACCCUGCGCUGCACCAUGCUGAAGGGAAGUCCCAUGAAAGUUGCCACUGCUGUCUGGCGCUUCAAUGGAAAUCUCUUGACGCUGCCCCCAGCAGAGCAGCAGGACUACUCAGAGCUGAAAGUGGAUAGCGUGAGCCGGGACACCAGCGGUAGCUAUGAGUGCAGCGUUUCCAAUGAUGUGGGGGUCUCCACCUGCCUCUUCCAGGUGUCUGCAAAAGCUUACAACCCAGAGUUUUACUAUGACACCCCCAACCCCACCCUGAGCCAGAAGCAAUCCAAGAACUACUCCUACAUCUUGCAGUGGACACAGAAGGAGCCUGAUGCGGUGGAUCCCAUCCUCAGGUAUCGCCUGGAAGUCCGGCCGCUAAGUCAAAGGAACACCAUCCAGACAUUCAUUCCUGUGCAGAAGAUGGAAAAAGGCCUCUUGCUGGAGCAUGUCUUGCCCAAUCUGAAGGUGCCUCAGAGCUAUGAGGUCCGCCUGACUCCUAUAACUAGCUUUGGGGCUGGAGAUAUGGCUUCCCGCAUCAUCCAAUACCUGGAACCAAUCAACUCUCCCAGCCCAGCAGAUAACACCUGCCACUUUGAGGAUGAAAAAAUCUGUGGCUUCAUGCAAGACAGGAUGGACAACUUUGACUGGACUCGUCAGAAUGCCCAGACGCAGAACCCGAAGCGCACCGUCAACACUGGCCCACCCACAGACAUCAGUGGCACCAAAGAUGGUUAUUACAUGUUCAUUGAAGCCUCUCGGCCCCGAGUGGAAGGAGACAAGGCCCGGCUGAUCAGCCCUCUGUACAACAUUACCGCCAAAUACUACUGUGUCUCCUUCUACUACCACAUGUAUGGGAAGCACAUUGGCUCCUUGAAUCUUUUAGUUCGCGUAAAGAACAAACGGGCCAUUGACACCCAAGUAUGGUCACUCAGUGGGAACAGAGGAAACAAGUGGCAGCAAGUACACGUCCCCAUCAAUCCUCCAGGACCCUUUCAGAUCAUCUUCGAAGGUGUCCGUGGCACAAACUACGAGGGAGAUAUUGCCAUUGAUGAUGUCACUCUGAAAAAAGGGGACUGUCCAAGGAAGCCAAUUGGCCCGAAUAAGGCUCCAGGAGUGACAGACAGAACCAGCUCAGGCCAAAACUGUGAUCCACUUCUGUGGGCAUCUGAGCAGGGAGACUUCAUCCAUCCCUUCUGCUUCAAGGUCACCAAGGCCAGUAGAAACAAUAUGUUGACCUGACAGAACCAUUGCAAACCCCUAAGAAGCAGGCAACAGACUUUAUAUAUGUGGGCUUUCUGUGGGUGGCCCAGGGUGGAAAGGGGUUCUUCGAUGUUUGUUGUUUUUUCCUCAUCAACAUCUUGGAUGGAGUCCCAGGGAAGCCACCUUGUUGUCCACUGUCUUCAUCAUAGCCACAUCUCCUCACGCUCCUGCUCUGCUCUUCAUAGGGUAUCGUUGUCAUCAUCAGGCAGAGCAGGAGACCCCACUCCUCUCGCCAGCAUCUAGCGCGACAUCGAGCGUCAAAAUUUUAAAAAGCACAAAAUACAAAGGGACUGAAGGAACCUUUGAAACAGGGUGAGAUGUUUUAUAAAUGUUCCCCCAUCCACCCCGCCCCUCCCUCCAUGUUACCACUAGAUUCUC